AUGGCGAUAAUCUGCAAGCCGAUAUUGACUUUUCCUUACAUCGCUGGUUAUACAACGGGUAUUUUCACUUAUCUUGGCAUCAGUUCAGAUAUUCUCAUCAUACCAGUUCUCGGACAGUUGGGAGGUUUGAAAGGAUUGAAACAAUUUUAUUUAAUGCCGAAAACUUUCUAGUUGUUGGUAUAAUCACAGUGGGUUUGUUCGAACAUCGUCACUACAAUUCACUGCCCCAAGACCACGUGUUGAAGUUCCGGCCAUCAAUUCGUCACCUUACUAAUUUAUUAGUUUUCAUUUAUUUUGCCAGUGUUGGUGUGAUACCGUUCUUCUGUAAACUAGAUGUUGAGCCUGCAAGACAGAAAAUCAUCGAGGUCAGGUUUUAUUUUAUCAAAAAUGAAGAAAGAAAGAAAAGGUAAGUGUUUGCGUCGUUGAAUAUAGAGUUCACAGAAAAAAUUUGGUUUUCCGAUUGUCCCUUCUUUUUUCAAACUUUUACAUCUUUACAGGUUUGGCCAAACAUUCCUUGCGAUUUCUGGCAUCCAGACUUGAAAAUAAUAAGCGACUAUAGGUUCGGCUUCAUCCAUACUCACUUUCUAACGGCUAUUUCAUUUGGACUAUUUAUAAAAGUGUUUUUUCUACUGCAUUCGAUGUACCUUGUUACUCGAACAUAUACUCACGUUUCAGUGAAAACCAGGAAACUUCAGAAAUACUACUUGAAGACCCUUUUGGCUAUGGUGAAACUUAAAAUAGACGUUUUUAAUGUUUAUCUUUGAAGGUUUCAAUGCCGAUUUCCACAAUCGUUAUUCCAACCUUUUGUAUUGUCUGCAUCAAUGUUGCUUUGCAGAAAGGAAGUCAAGGUGAAGAAAAUAUCGAAAAUUUAGAUUCAGACUUAAUUUUAGAGCUGACAAACGUGUUAAUCGUGGUGGUUACAACAAAUGGAAUUUGGGCCGCAAUAAUGAUUAUUCUGGUUCAUCCGCCCUAUAG